GUGAUGGUGCUAGUUCUUCAAAUAUUGUAGAUGAUGUUGAUGAUUCUUCAAUGUGCCCUAUUUGUUGGAUUACGAUGAGCGCAGAAACUUUUACAACAAUAUGUAAUCAUAAAUAUUGUGAAGGAUGUAUAAACAAUUGGUUACAACGUAGCAAUUUAUGUCCAUUAUGUCGAACUGCAAUCUAUAAAAACAAUGGUAAUUUAUAAAAAUGAUACAGAUAGUUGAUACCUAGUUAUUAUUUACAGCACUAAAAUAUAUUAACAGUACGCCAAUGCCGCCCUCAUAAAUACACCUUUGUAGCUUUUUGUAAUUAUAAUUAAAAAUAUAAAAAAUCUCGUUGUGUAAUUCCCAUAUACGCAAAUUAUAACUAUAGUUAUCAAAGGAUUAAAGAUAUUUUGGCUAAUACUUCAACAGAAAGUAAGCAAUAAAUUACUAACAUGGAUUAAGAUUAGACUAAGACAUUCAUUUG